UUUCUAAUAGAAACUUUGAACAUUAUUAGGGAAAAUGCACCGUAGAGUUAUAGCACAUCGUUUAAAUGCAAAACGUCGCACAGCAGACGUUUUAAUCAAUGAGAAAGUCGAUUUCUCAGGGUUAAUUUUAUCCAAAGAUGUCCUCAAAGGGUUGAAAAGUGCUGGAUUUGAAAGACCAUCACCAAUUCAAAUGAAAGCUAUUCCUAUUGGUCGUUGUGGUGUAGAUUUGAUUGCACAAGCAAAAUCUGGCACAGGGAAAACAUGUGUCUUUAGUGUGAUUGCUUUGGAAAGCAUCAUUCUUACAAUGAUGUCAAUACAAGUGUUGGUUCUUGUGCCGACUCGAGAGAUAGCUGUUCAAAUCAAGGAUGUAAUGAACUCUAUUGGUCAACAUAUGCAAGGACUUCAUGUAAAUGUUUUUAUUGGUGGUUUGUCUAUUGAAGAUGACAAGAACAAGUUGAAACUUUGUCAAAUUGCUAUUGGUACACCAGGACGGGUCAAACAUCUAAUUGACAGCAAACUUUUGUCUACUUCUUCCAUUCGAUUGCUUAUUCUUGAUGAGGCUGAUAAACUAUUGGAGGAAAACUUUCAAGAUCAGAUCAAUUGGAUAUUUUCAACACUUCCUGAAAGCAAGCAACUGUUGGCUUUGUCUGCAACCUAUCCAAACUAUCUUAGCGAGCAUUUACAGAAAUAUAUGAGAAAUCCAACUUUUGUUUGUUUAAAUGCCAUGGACCCUGCACUAGAAGGGAUUCAUCAUUAUUUUUGCACAAUACCAAGUCAUUCUCUCCCACAUAAAACAUUUGAUGAAAAGGUUAAUCAUUUACUGGUUAUGUUGUCCCAGAUAUCUUUCCAUCAAUGCCUUAUCUUUUCUAACUAUCAAAUAAGAGCAAAGAAUUUGAGUGAAACUUUGGCUAAAAAUGGAUUUCCUUCUACACAUAUUUCAGGUGGUCAAGGCCAAAAUGAACGUCUUGAUGCAAUGAGGAAGUUGAAGGAGUUCAAAUGUCGUAUUUUGAUAUCAACAGAUCUUAUGUCUCGUGGCAUCGAUGCUGAACGUGUGAACCUUGUGAUUAACAUGGAUCUUCCACGUGACUCUGAGACAUAUUUACAUAGAGUUGGGAGAACUGGACGUUACGGGUCGUAUGGCGUGGCCAUAAAUUUCGUGGCCGCAGGAAAAGAAGAAUCAAGUUUGAAAGACAUCGAAAUUAAAUGUGGAAUAAAUUUCGAUCCUUUGCCAGAAGAUUUAUCUGAGCUCAUAUGUGAAGAUGCGUUUGCCGAAUGUAGUUUGAUGAAGACAAAAGGCGAGAUGCCUUCAUUAACUUCUACGGCUGCUACAAGCAUAGUUGGAGAAGGGAAGGUGAAAGAAGAUGAUGUCCUUUGCUGUGAAACUACAAACCUUGUUCAUAAUGGCGAAACGAGUCCCACAAUGACGAAACAAAAUUUAGUUGAAGGUUUGAAUGAAGGAGCGAAGAAUAAAAUUCACGAGAUUGUAGCUUUCACUGACAUUGUUGUUGAUAAAAGUUUUAAUUGUGUUAACAAUAAUGAACAAAAGAAAAAUAAAGAAAGGUUAACGCGAGUAAUUGAAAAUAAUUCAGACAAUAGCGAAAGUUCCACAACGGAAAUCUUGAACUAUGGCAUUAUUAAAUAUGAUGAGUUGGCUGAAAACAAGAACAUUUACACAUCUCAAGCUUCUGUCGUUGCUGACGUUUGUCGUCAAGGAAACGGACAGACUGUUGAGGAUCCAGGAAUUAUGGGUAAUGUGAAAAACGAAUUUGUUGACGUUAAGAGUGAAAAUGUUUCUGUUGAAAAUCAGGAAGCUACGACAUACAAAGUGAACAGUGUAGAAGGAAAAGAAAUGAAAAGUCAUCACAACAUUGAAACAAUAUACGAUACAGAAAACAAACUAAAUAACUUUAAAAGUGGUAUGAUUUAUCCUUCAACGUUACAAGUCAUCUUUCAUAAACAAUGGGGUAAUGGAUUUUUUACUGAGAGAAACAAAUUGGAUGAAUGUGAGAUGUCGGAAUCCUCCGUUUGUGAUGAUUGUGAAUUGUCAAGCCAAAAUUGCGACUGGCGUGAAGAGUCACGUGAUUCUUGUGAAGGGUCAAAUGAUUCUACCGAAGAGUCAUGUGAUUCUACUGAAGAGUCAUGUGAUUCUACUGAAGAGUCAUGUGAUUUGAGUGAAGAGUCAAGUAGUGCGUGUGAAGAGUCGUAUGAAUCGUAUGAAAAUUUGCGUGGUUCGUGUAAAGACUCGCGUGAAUCGUGUGAAGUAGCACAUGAUUUGUGUGUAAAGCUGCGCGAUUUGUGUGAAAAAUCGAGCGAUUUGCACGCGCCUAUCUCAUGCAGGUAUUUUGAUGAUAUGUUUGUAAAACAUUUAAACGAUCAUGCAAACAAAGGCCUUCAUAAAGAUUUAGAAAAUGAAAAACCAUUAUCCUGUUUGGCAAAGAGAACAAGCUUGCUCAAUGAGGUUAAUGAAUUUGGUUCAACAGAAUUCGUCUUUGGUUAUGAGAGAGAAGUUGUAGAAAUGAGAACUUCUGCUCCACAAGAAUGUGUUGGUGCACAAUCCUGCAAUUUAGAAACUAAUAAAACAAAUACGACAGUCAAUUCCACCGAUUCCCGCAACGUAUGGAACCAUGGCAACGAAACCAUGUUUUAUGGUGCCACCACUGAUGACGUCACAGCUUACAUGGCGCAAUUGCCCGUUGAUUGGACAAACAUGUGGUAUAGAGCCUACGAUAAACAAACCAAUCACAUAAUGAAAUACACGAAGUUUUAUCAUGAAAGUUAUUGACGAGAGAUAUCUGGUAUUUUAAUCGGCUAAAAUACAUACUCUGUUUUUAGUAGGUUCCGUGAGGAUUUUGUAUGGAUGAAGAUGGAAAAAUUAAAUUUAUAUUUAUGUUACUUAAAUAUAACAUGAAUGUCAAAUAAACUUGCUUGCCAUUACGUCAUUGACGAAUUAAAAACGAAGUCAGUAAUGUUGUUUCCCCCCCCCUGUUGCUGUGUGUGAUGCUGGCUGUGACAAUUCACAAGAUGUUGCUUCCCUUUUAUUGAAAGAUUUUCAAAAAAAAGUCAUAUUUGCAUAUUGUUGUUUGUGUCACAUUUUUAGAAAAUAAUUCUAAGAUAGCUAAACAAAAGAAUAUAUUCAUUAUGUACAUCAAUUUAUACUUAUAUAUCGACAAACUCCAAAAAAGAAUCAAAUGACGAUUUUGUUUUAAAUGAAAUCGGAAUCAACUCCAGCAAACAGUAUACAAAAUAUUUGAGAAUAAUAUUGAAGUUCUAAGCAGGAUUGUUUUAAAGUAAUACUUGGGAGCAUUAAAAAGAACCUGUCUUUUUUCUUCAAUAAUCUUGUUUUAGCUUUAUCUACAUUUUAGUAUAAAAGUCUUCAUUUUACA